GUGGAUGUGAAAGUUGUAUCUCCCUUGCUGCAGGGAAGUGGAUGCUGGGACAGCAGUGAUGAGAGAAGAGCUGAAUCAUCUUCAACUAUAAAAGGAAUUAGAGAGUGGUUUCCUGUAAGCUCUUGGAACACAGUAUUGCACUAGGGUUUGCAGAAGUGGGCGAUUUGUACCAUUAAAGGAAAUUUACCGCUAGUGUGCAAUCAUGAUGCAGAUAUCAGACACCUACAACCAGAAGCAUUCCCUGUUCAAUGCCAUGAACAGAUUCAUUGGAGCUGUGAAUAAUAUGGAUCAGACUGUGAUGGUUCCCAGCUUGCUUAGGGAUGUGCCUCUUGAUAUGGAAGUAAAGGAUGAGGUUCACAACACCAAUGGAGCCACAAAUUAUUUCUCCCGGAGGGACAUGCACGGCUAUUAUAUCCUGCUCAAAUCCAUUAGGAAUGAUAUAGAGUGGGGUGUCGUACAGGGAGAGGACAGGAAAAAGGACAAACUCUCCAACAUGGAAAUCAGCAGGCUGGAGGAUGGAGACGGGGAGGAGGACUUGGAAAAGCAAUUCCACUAUCACCUGAGUGGACUCCACACAGUCCUUAACAAACUCACCAGAAAAGCCCAUCUUCUCACCAACAGAUAUAAAGAAGAAAUUGGGUUUGGCAGUUGGGGACAUUGAUGACCGUGGCCUUUAGUUUUUGUACCUGUUUUAUUAAUAUUAUUUUUUUAUUGUAUUUUGUUGGGGAUAUGGGAUAGUUUUCUUUUUCAUUUUUGUAUGCCAUUUUGUGCUGCAGACCAGUGCAAAAUGGCUCAGGAGGAUUUAGUUGGAGAUGUAGAUUAUGUUUUAUCACAGAGUACUGCAUUUAUAGGACAGUACUGUCUCAGUUCACUGUUAUAAUUCAUUUAAUUGAUAGUUCAGCAGCUGCUUAAAGUGAGCAAUCUGCAAAAGAAUGAAUAAUGGUUUGAAAGAGGAUACAUUUGACAUUUUGUAUAGCAUUUUUCAUUUACUUUGCAAAAGCACAGAGUAUCCUAAAAUAUUAGAAGAAACAACAUUAUCUUCUGUAACAUAAGGCUAUGAUUAUGCUGUGUUAUACCAGACAACUCCCUGUCUAGCACCGUUGCUGCAAAACCAUAAAAAUGAAGAAUAGCUUGAACAGCAGUGCAAAGUUAAUAUUAGGUAUAACUUCUGUAUUAAUUAUCUAUUGAUUCUCCUGUUUUACUGGGGCAUGCAAGAUGCAUUUGCUGAUGUGCUUAAUGUAAAAAUUUGGCAGCCUCCAUAAUAAUUAUAGUUAAGGAUAACGCAUAGUUAGUCUUUUGCCAAAGUUAAAUACAGAAAAAUGUAACCAAAAUAUAAAUAUAUAUAAAGGGAGGAUGCAAGGCUGAUUUUUUUCUCUGCAACUAGAAGAGCCAGUGAAUGCUGCAAGGGUAUAUAGUACAGAUGGGGUGUGGUAAUCAUGGCAAUUCUGGUGCAGAUUGCAUCACUCUAUUCCUGGUUUGCACUACUUUUUUUUUAAAGAAAAGACUGUGUAUACUGUAUAUGAGCUGCAUAUUUUGCACUAUCAACGGGAAGUUUUAUAUUUUGCUCUGCCUGAGACAAUGAUUAUCAGGUGCAAAACUGCAGUAGUCUCCUUAUUGCAUUAUUUUUGGCUACACGUUCCUUUGUGUAAUCCAGGGCAGACAUCUUUUAUUGUCUUACAUGGUCUGUGAUGAUUUAGCAAAAUCCAAGGACGCAGCUGAGGCUAAUAUUAAGCCAAUGACCACGGAUUUAAUCAUGCUGGAACUAAAUGAUACAUCUGUUUCAGUAAGAUGUUGAAAGGGUUCCUUAUCUUACACAAAAAUAUAAAAAUUAUAUGUAUAUGAUAUUUUAAUAAACUAAACAAAUGUGCAUUAACUAAAAA